CUACUAUUAUUACUGAUUUAUAAAUAAUCUAUAGUCCAUAAACUACUUAUGAAUCCUUUGUCUUUGUAACCAAACAAUAUAAGGUUAAAAGUUUAAAACUAUAUAAAAACGUGAUGCCAUUCUGCAUCCAUAGCUUCUUCCAGUUACGAAUUUGAGAGUAACGUUAGUAGGCUAGGCUACAUUUAUCCAGACCUACAGCAAACCAAGUGGUGGGUCUUUCGGCGAAAACAUAAAUUAAGGAUUGCGCCUUUAUUGUGACAGACCGUUUCAUGGUUAUCGGAGAUAAAUAGCAUAGUAGCCUAUAGUUGGUGUGGGGUCUAGUUCACCAUGUGCUCAUGGCAACACUGUAUCAAUAAUGCAAACUUCUAAAUAAAGGUUACUCACGCAGGUAAAACAAGCGGACCUGACACGUCGAGUGUGUCUAGGAGCACUGACUGAGCGUAACCACGAUGGCAAAGUUCCUGACUCAAGACCAAAUAAAUGAUAAGUGCGGAGAGCUGGACUUCUCCACCUUCCUGACCAUGAUGCAUCAGCAGAUCCAGCAGGAGGACCCCAGAGCAGAGAUUCUGGAGGCCAUGAGGAUGACGGACAAGCAGAAGAAGGGCUACAUCCUGUCCUCGGAGCUCCGGGCCAAGCUCACCGGGCUGGGAGAGAAGCUCACUGAUAAAGAAGUUGACGAGCUGCUGAAAGAGACUGGUGUGGGACCAGACGGAUGUGUCCACUACGAGGAGUUUGCCAAAACAAUGACCCUUCCUUCUACAAACUGCUGAGCAGCCAUCAGGCCGGACACGAUCAUACUGUACCACAAAAGUGCACUGAUUCAAAGCAUUUGCAUGCGGGCUGCCCACUAACAACAUGUUGAGAUGAGAAGUUAUUUUUUUCUUUAUUAGCUUGGAGGUAUGUGUCUCUAUUGUUAUUACGUUGUUAUUCCUUAUAUUUCCAUGAUAUAUAUUUGUAUGUUGAAGGAAGCAAUGGUGUGCCUGGUUGAAACGUCUGCUCUUUAAAUAUUUAGCUAAUACUAACCGGCAUUGUUAUAGGUUAUCACUUUUACCAAGUAAUCAUUAAAAAGCCCACUGACAUCACAAAGUAAUGACAUUGUUCUUAUUGAUACAAGAGCAACUUGAUUUCUUGAUAAUAAAUGGACCAAUCAUUUUGGGUCCAAACUUGCUAUAAAAUUGUUUUUAUGUGAAUACA